AUGACAAGCCUCUUAUCGCUGCCGGACGAAUUGUUCCUCGAAAUUUGGAAGUAUGUUGAUGGUAGAGCACUGUACGCACUCUGCCUCACGUGCCGCACGCUUCGUCCGAGUGCUCAAGAAACACUAUACACCGCCCCGGCUCUCUGGGAACAUUAUUGCAUUUCCUAUAUCGGGGCCUUGGACAUAUUCAUGCGCUUCACACGCACGCUCUUGGACCGACCUGAUCUAGCACAUCACGUUCGCUUCCUCCGCGUCGUCAUCGGCAGCGAUUACUACAAGAUCUCCCCGCAUGAGUUCCACCUAGAUGCCGCUCACAAAAUCAUUGAAGGGCUGCCCACUGGAGGCAAGCGGAACGGUCGAGCCGCAUUUUGGAUGCAACUCAUACACGAGGGCAAUUGGCCGGCCUGGGGAGGGCUCCUCCUCUCCCUCGUGCCUCGUCUUUUAGAACUGGAGCUCGAAUUGAUAAGCCAUCGUGGCCUGACACACGAAUUAAGCAUCCACGAUAAUAACCGAUACCUGCGACAUGGUGCUUCGUCCUUACUUGGUUCUCUAGAUACGGUCUAUUGGCCUGACGAGAACAACAAACCUCUAUCUGUAUUGCUGGAUUUGCCGAGCAUCGCAGGGCUGCGCAGUUUGACGAAAUUGAAGUUCCUCGGGGUAUAUUUAAACGCUGACUGGCUCAAGCUCCCAAACUUAGCUAGCCUCGAGAUCGGCCGCGAUUGUCAUUGCCCCGACCUCACCGGCAUGAGGCUCAACUCGCCAACAACGUACACUCAACCAAGAAUAUCGUCGCUUCAACUAGAUGUCCCAACCUCGUUGUUGCUCCCAUACUUACGUUCCUCGUGGCCAUUGCGAUCUCUCGACCCUACCUUUAUCACAUCAGAAAACUUCGGAAAUGUUCGACAACUUUCAAUCUGUUUCACGAACACCGGUUGGGUCGAUCCAUAUUACUCUGCACCAAGAGACUUCCUCCACCAAAGAAGUCAAGGGGAUAUGUCGGUGUUUCUCGACCGGCUGCAAUCGAUCUCUGGGACUCUCGAAACACUCAGGAUAUGGCACUACAGCGACACUGAUACCUACUUCUUUCAAUUCAUCAAGCCUCUUAUAUCGUUGGCAGGCUUCACUAAGCUGAAGACACUUACCAUUCCCCAGGAGUUCCUCUUAGGACCGGACUACGGCAAGCCGGACGCUUCUUGGCAUCCUCUUGAACCACCGGCGCUAUUGCCGAAUUCCCUCGAGACGUUAACCAUUCUAUUCCCCACGCUCCAUAUUCUCGGUUGGUUGGAGAAGGGUGCGAGACUGGAGCAGCUAGGAGGGCUGAAAAAUGUGGUUAUUCAAUGCAACAGUCAACAGGGAGAUGUCUACUCAACUUUCCGUUUUGGGGACAAUGGAUUCGGAGAAUUGGUAGAGUAUCUCUACUAUUGUGGCUUGAGCCUUCGACUAGGUUAUGAGCCCUGA